AUUCACUUCUUUAACCAUGGUUGGAAACAAGUUUUUAUUGAUUUUCAUGAUCUGCGGUUUUGGCUCCUCUGUAGGAUGUCCCAAUCACUGGAUACGAUAUUCAAACAACUGUUAUCUGUUCGUCACUCGUUAUCCUUUGGAAUGGAUUGAUGCAAUGGUAUUUUGCAAGGCGUACGGGGCAAAAUUAGCAGAGGUAAAAUCGUCAUCAGUAAACAACUUUCUUAAGCAUGAAGCUAGGCGCCUUACACAUGGCUCAGGAAAAUUUUGGAUUGGAGGCACUGAUAUCUUUACUGAAAGAGUCUGGAAAUGGAUGGGUAGUAACAGCAGGUUUUAUUAUUCUAACUGGGGGCCUGGAGAACCUAAUUCUAGCCAAGAGCAUUGAGUGCAUUUGUUUGGGAGGUACAAUUAUGCUUGGAAUGAUUCGAGAUGUCAAUACAGAUAUCAUUUUAUUUGUCAAAAAACUGCAUAAUUAAGUGUCAGUAUCAAAAUAUAAAG